UUGAGCUUGUGUUUCGUAUUUGAUGUAGUAGCGAAAUAUAAAAGGGUUUAAAAAUAUUUGUAAUUAACGAAACAUACAAGUAUCUUAGUGAUCCAGUGAAUAUGCCAUUGAUAAGGAAACCCAUGCGAUAUGCUCAUCAAGAAGGGCAUACCGACGUUUGUUAUUAUUCUGGUGAAAAGAGAGGUCUCAUCACUUGUGGAUGCGAUGGAGAUGUUAGAUCUUGGUUAAAUUUAAUGGAUGAUGAUCCAAUCACUAGUUGCAUCUCAGAACAAGCAAUAACUGCCAUUUCAAAGAAUGGUAAAAUUUUUGUAGGAAAUGAUAAUAAUACAGUGCAAAUACUUACUUAUCCAGAUUUGGAGAAGGAAGGAAUAGUUACUAGGUUUGCAGCACCAGUCUCAGCACUAGCAACGACGAAAGACAGUAAUUUAAUAAUAUCUGGUUCUUGCGAUAUGCGGAUACAUGUUACAAACAUCAAUACAUUAGAUAGUAUAGAAUUAGAAGGACAUCAGGCACCCAUUUUAGGUUUAUCUUUGGAUCCAAAAGAAGAAUUUCUGGCAUCUUCCGGUGCAGAUGGAUCUAUUCGAAUAUGGAACAUUAAGGAAAAACAAACUGUACAUGUUUGGAAUAAUAUUGUGCCAAAAUGUAACUCUUUUUUCACAGCAAAAUCAUAUUCUACACCUUCUUUUAAGUGUACUGAUGGUAGUUGCCUGGCAUAUCCAUGUAACAAAGAUAUAGUUGUAGUAGAAAGAUCAUCCUGGAAGGAAUUGUACAGAUUGAAAUGUCCUACCUUGAGGACUGAACUCAACAUUUGUAAAUUUUCUGAAUGUGGUACACGUAUUGCCGCUAGUUCACUGCAUGGAGAGAUAGUUGUUUGGAAUGUAGAAACUAAAGAAGUAAUUGGAUAUCUUGAACAUGAACAAGAUUCCAAAAUCACAGCAUUAGUAUGGCACAUAGAUCAUUCCGACGAAAUUGCAUUCUGCGAUGCGCUAGGAAAAUUAGGAUGUGUUGAUGUGGUAAGUGCUGGUAAAUCUGAGAAUGAGAAAAUUUUGAAUUUUGAGAGAAAUGAAGAUGUAAUAGAAAAUGGUAUUGCUUUAACGGACGAUGAUGACGAUGAUAUGGAAAAUGUGAUAUCUUUGAAUAAAAUUAAAGCCUCCGUCAAUCUGGAAGAUGAUCAGAAGAGUCACUCCGAUGCAGGCUCUGAAAAGGCUCUUUGUGAUGCCAAAGCUUUUAUGCCUAAUAUAAAAUUGCAAUCAUCUUUCCAACCAGGAUCAACUCCCUCUCAUUUAUUAUCGUAUUUUAUGAUGUGGAAUGAUGUGGGAAUGGUUAGGUGUUUUUCAUCGGAGGAUGGAGAAGAAUGUAGCAUUGAAGUGGAGUUCCAUGAUGUUACAGUUCAUCGCAGCAUGCAUAUAAGUAAUUAUUUGCGGCACUCUAUGGCUGCCUUGUCUACUCAAGCACUAGCUUUAAGCUGUGCAUCUUCAGAUGAGGGACCUAGCAAAGUUGUUGUGAUAGCUCUGCAAGGUUGGGGUUCUGGAAACAAAGAAUGGUCGCUGGAAUUGCCAGAAGAUGAAGAGAGUGAAUGUUUGGCAGUUGGCGAUAAUUUUGUAGCAGUAGCAACAUCUAGGAGAAAUUUAAGGAUAUUUAUGAUAGGUGGAACACAGCGUGAAAUCUUAGCCCUGCCUGGACCUGUAGUUGCAAUGAAUGGUUUAGGAAAUCAUCUUGUGAUAGCUUAUCAUGCUGGAGUUGGUCCAGCGGGUGAUCAGAAUAUAAAUCUAUUAUGGAUACAAAUACAAGGAGUACAUUUGCGCAGCCAAACUUUAAUGCUUCCCCUUUCGCCAGCAUCGGAUCUUAUGUGGUUGGGAUUAUCCGAUAUUUAUUCUCCUACUAUAAUGGAUUCUGAUGAUGUCAUCAGAAUAUACGAUAAGAGAUCUUGUCAAUGGAGAGUGUGGUGCGAUGCGAAUAUACAGGACAAAGGUAAAGCGGAUCAUUACUUCGUAAUCGGUGUGAGCGAACAAGAACGGAAUAUGCGUUGCAUUCUUUGCAAAGGCAGUUAUUAUCCACCGACAACUCCGCGUCCGAUAAUCACCGAAGUAAGUCUGUCUGCGCCUCUCUGCGAACCGAAAUCUGAAAAAACGGAGAAGGAACGUAAGCUGUGGGAGAUGGGAACCAAUCCGUUGGAUGAGACUGAGGCAUUAUUAACUUUGAUAGCACUUGCCUGCAGAAGCAAUUUGGAAUACCGUGCAGUGGAUAUAUGCGAGCAAAUCGCAUCAACUAGAGCAAUAGAUUUAGCCAUACGAUACGCCUUGCGCAUAAAUAAAAUGGCAUUGGCAAAUAAACUGGAAACGAUCGCUGAUGCAAAGUCGGAUGCCAAAGAUUCAAGGGAAGAAGUUACGGAAAAUCAUCAAGACACUUUUACAAACAACGAUAAUAAUUCUAGUAUUAAUAGUCAAGAAGAAGACAAUGUGCCUUUACUAUCUCUUAAAAAACCGGAAGUGGAGAUUAAACCGUUGGUUAUGAGUCAGAUAUUAAAAAGAACAAAUCCAUUUUUAAAAGCCAGUAGUUCACCUUUAUCACCAAGAGGUUUAGACGGCUUAAACACUUUACCAGAGAAACCUCAAAAACCUGCAUUAAUUAAAACUGCACCUGUUAAAUCAAAACCGAAGUCUGAGCCUAAGAAAGAAUCGUUCGUUAAUUGGCACGCCAAAAAUAAAAAGAGUUUGCAGGAAGAAUUUCCCGAAAUGAGUGCCGCCGAAUUAAUUAGAGUCGGAUUGACACGAUACAAAGAAGAGACAGCGGAGUCAAACUCAGAUAACGCGAGUGGAUCUUCAGAGCUUUCAAAGAAACGAAAAUUAUCGGAUUCGGAGAACGGAGACAGUCUCGUGCCACUGGACACUGUUCAAGAGGCCAUGGGCGCCAUGGGCCCAUGGCACAUCGUGAUCGCAGUGGCAGUUUCCCUCGUCAAAUUUCCAGUAGCUUGGCACCAGCUCUCUAUCGUAUUCCUCGCACCACCCACCAACUUUUCGUGCAGCGCGCCGUUGUCAGCAACUAAUGAAUCUAUGAUAAUGAAGUGCGAAGUCGACGUUGGGAAUGGCACUAUAGAGAAAUGCACCGAAUUCAGAUAUGAUAAGCGAAUAUUCCGAGAGAGUAUUAUAACGCAAUGGGAUUUAAUAUGCGACAGAGAACAAUUGACGAAUUUAGUACAAUCUUGCACGAUGUUUGGUGUAUUAAUCGGCAAUUUAAUCUUCAGUAUAAUGGCUGAUAAAAUUGGUCGAAAAAAGCCGUUGAUGAUUGCAAUCGCAUUGCAAUCGGUGACGGGAUUCAUGAGUGCAUUCGCGCCUUGGUAUGAAUUGUUCUUGGUAUUGAAAUUUAUUUGUGCUCUAGCUACUGGCGGAACAAUGCUUGUUAGCUUUGUUUUACUUAUGGAGAUUGUUGGAGUUGAAUGGCGAUCGAUUAUGUCAGUCCUCUUUCACGUGCCUUUUUUGCUCGGACAUCUAAUGAACCCUUUAAUAUCUUACCUCACAAAAACAUGGUCUGGAUUCCAAAUGGCCGUCUCGAUACCAUCAAUUUUUUUAUUAGCGUACUAUUGGAUUAUUCCGGAAUCACCGAGGUGGUUACUAGCGAUGAGCAAACCUAGGCAAGCAGAACAGAUUUUAUUGAAAGCUGCCGGGCGAAAUAAGAUACCGGUGGAGAAUGUGAAACUAGCUCUUGAAACUUACGAGAAUCAGGCGGCAGUUCGGAUCGCGAAAGGCAAGGAGAAACAUAACAUCACACAUUUAUUCAGAACUCCGAAUAUGAGAAUGAAAACCAUAUGCGUGAGCAUCAAUUGGCUCGUUUGCGGUAUUUGUUUCUUCGGAUUGGCGCAAUACAUGGGUCAUUUAGACGGCGAUUUAUUCAUUAACGUUGCAGUUUCAGCUGCCAUGGAACUACCUGGAACAGUAAUAGUUCUGUUUUUAAUAUCACGAGUUUCUCGUUUAAAAAUUUUGAUAGGAGGAAAUAUCUUGUCUGGCAUAAGUUUACUUUUGAUAACUGUGGUGACGAACGCCAGUGUCCGGGUAUUUCUAGCGUCACUCGGCCUUGUAGGUAUGGCUAUCAGUUUUCCAACCGUAUAUUUGUAUAGUGGUGAAGUUUUCCCGACUGUUGUGAGAAAUGUUGGCGUUGGCUUGGGAAGCAUUUCUGCCAGAGUCGGAAGUAUGAUCGCGCCGUAUAUUGCCACAAUGGGUACUAUUCAGCCUUGGUUGCCUCCCGUGAUAUUUGGAAUAGGACCAAUAAUAGGUGCUGGACUAUGUUUGCUUUUACCAGAAACGAUGAAUUGUGAAUUGCCUGAGACAAUAGAGGACGGCGAAAACUUUGGAAAGAAAAAGUCUCAGGAAAGUACCGUAACGUGAUAACGUGGAAAAUAUGCACUGAAAUGCAUAAUAACUUUCCAAAAAUGUAAUUGGAA